AUGCUCAAAGUACUAGUACAAGACUCCUAUUGUGUGUGUGUGAUUCAAUACCAACCUGGCAUUUUUACUUGUAAAUUGGAGAUCAUGAUUGCUGAUCAUUUAAUCUUUAAGCAAAACUCUUUCUUAUUCAUUGAUGACGCAGUAAUUGAAAAUUCUUAUUUGCUGAUUGCUGAAGUAGUAUUUAAAGUAACUACAGUAUAAGAGAGAGCUAUCCCCAUCUAAAUGCUUGGCAAGUUAGAUCUAGUACUAGUAAAUACGGGAGAUACUGAUCACAAUAGAGCCUUCGUAAAUAAGGGCUAAUAGAUGCAAACACUUUUCAUUACCCUUUUAUUAUUCUAAAGAAAAUGA